GCUCACACAGCCGUGGGGAAGGGCUCCCCACCAAUCCCCUGGUUCCCGCAAACACUGUUCAUGGAGGCCAGAAGCCAAGGUUACCCCCAUCCCUAACUCCUAAGGGUCCCUUCACUCCCUGGCACAGGUGGGCCACAGCCUGGCCCAGCUUCUGACGUUCUGGUCUGUGUGCCCAACAGCCACUAGCCUGCGCCUGCAUGGAGACCUUCUUUAGGAGACACUUCCAGCGGAAGGCAUCGGGCCCUGGUGAGGGGCAGCGGCGGCCCAGCAGUGUGGGGUUGCCCACAGGCAAGGCCCGGCGCCGCUCCCCUGCUGGGCAGGCCUCCUCAUCCCUAGCCCAGCGGCGCCGCUCCAGUGCCCAGCUUCAGGGCUGCCUCCCAAGCUGUGGGGUGGGCAUCAGGGGCGCCAGUCGCCGGCGCUCCAGUACUGUACCCCCUGCCUGCAACCCUCGCUUUAGUGUGGAAACAGGGCCCGUCCGGAGAGGAGCUCAACUUCUGGGUGCACCCCUGCUGUUGGCCGGGCUUGUAGGCAUGGAAGAGGAGGAGGAGAGGGUGGAUGUGACAAACGAGGCAUCAGGUGCUGCCCAGCCAAGCACCAGGACACCAGGGCCCUCGCCACCCCGGGGCCCCCGGCCACUGCUGCCCAUGCCCCGUUGCCUGCGCCGAGCCUCCUCCCACCUGCUCCCUGCUGACGUGGUGUGUGGCCAGACACUGUGCGGCCUGCGAGGCCACUAUCGUCGCCUCAGCCAGCAGCGGCCCUCAGGCCGAAGAGCCUCAGGCUCCACAUUGGGCUCCACGAUCCCCACCCACAGGCGCCCACUGUCCCGUAGACGACAGGUAGCCCUACGGCGCAAGUCGGCAGGACCUCAGGCCUGGAGCGCUCUGCUUAUAAAUUUCCGCUGUAAGCCAUCCUUCCGUGAGUCUGGUUCCAGGAACGUGCGGGAGCCAACCUUCGUCAGACACCACUGGGUACAUAGGCGACGUCAGGAUGGCAAGUGUCGGCACUGUGGAAAGGGCUUCCAGCAGAAGUUUGCUUUUCACAGCAAGGAGAUCGUGGCCAUCAGCUGCUCCUGGUGCAAGCAAGCGUACCACAGCAAGGUGUCCUGCUUCAUGCUGCAGCAAAUCGAGGAGCCCUGCUCCUUGGGGGUCCAUGCAGCUGUGGUCAUUCCACCCACUUGGAUUCUCCGAGCCCGGAGGCCCCAGAACACCCUCAAGGCCAGCAAGAAGAAAAAGAGAACUUCCUUCAAGAGGAAAUCCAGCAAGAAAGGGCCUGAGGAAGGCCGCUGGAGACCCUUUAUCAUCAGGCCCACACCAUCCCCCCUCAUGAAGCCCCUGCUGGUGUUUGUAAACCCCAAGAGUGGGGGCAACCAGGGCGCUAAGAUCAUCCAGUCCUUCCUCUGGUAUCUCAAUCCCCGACAAGUCUUUGAUCUGAGCCAGGGAGGGCCCAAGGAGGCGCUGGAAAUGUACCGCAAAGUACACAACCUGCGGAUCCUGGCAUGUGGGGGCGAUGGCACGGUUGGCUGGAUUCUCUCCACUCUGGACCAGCUGCGCUUAAAACCACCGCCCCCUGUUGCCAUCCUGCCUCUGGGUACUGGCAAUGACCUGGCACGUACCCUCAACUGGGGUGGGGGCUAUACAGAUGAACCAGUGUCCAAGAUCCUCUCCCAUGUAGAGGAAGGGAAUGUGGUGCAGCUGGACCGCUGGGACCUUCGCGCUGAGCCCAACCCUGAGGCAGGGCCUGAGGAGCGAGAUGAGGGCGCUACUGACCGGCUACCACUGGAUGUCUUCAACAACUACUUCAGCCUGGGCUUUGAUGCACAUGUCACCCUGGAGUUUCAUGAGUCUCGAGAGGCCAACCCAGAGAAAUUCAACAGUCGCUUUCGGAACAAGAUGUUCUAUGCGGGGACAGCCUUCUCUGACUUCCUAAUGGGCAGUUCCAAGGACUUGGCCAAGCACAUCCGGGUGGUGUGUGAUGGGAUGGACCUGACCCCCAAGAUCCAGGACCUGAAGCCCCAGUGCAUCGUUUUCCUGAAUAUCCCCAGGUACUGUGCGGGCACCAUGCCCUGGGGCCACCCUGGGGAGCACCAUGACUUUGAGCCCCAGCGGCAUGACGACGGCUACCUCGAGGUCAUCGGCUUCACCAUGACGUCUCUAGCAGCACUGCAGGUGGGCGGGCAUGGCGAGCGACUGACACAGUGCCGAGAGGUUCUGCUCACCACGGCCAAGGCCAUUCCCGUGCAGGUGGACGGCGAGCCUUGCAAGCUCACAGCCUCACGCAUCCGCAUCGCCUUGCGCAACCAGGCCACCAUGGUGCAGAAGGCAAAGCGCCGGAGCACCGCUCCCCUGCACAGCGACCAGCAGCCGGUUCCUGAGCAGCUGCGGAUCCAGGUGAGCAGGGUCAGCAUGCAUGAUUACGAGGCCCUGCAUUAUGACAAGGAGCAGCUCAAGGAGGCCUCUGUGCCUCUGGGCACUGUGGUGGUUCCUGGAGACAGCGACCUAGAGCUCUGCCGCGCUCACAUCGACAGGCUCCAGCAGGAGCCCGAUGGUGCUGGAGCCAAAUCCCCAACAUGCCAGAAAUUGUCCCCCAAGUGGUGUUUCCUGGAUGCCACCACUGCCAGCCGCUUCUACAGGAUUGACCGGGCGCAGGAGCACCUCAACUAUGUGACUGAGAUCGCACAGGAUGAGAUCUAUAUCCUGGACCCUGAGCUGCUGGGGGCAUCGGCCCGGCCUGACCUCCCAACCCCCACCUCUCCUCUCCCUGCCUCCCCGUGCUCCCCUACACCUCGGUCACUGCAAGGGGAUGCUGUGCCCCCUCAAGGUGAGGAGUUGAUUGAAGCUGCCAAGAGGAAUGACUUCUGCAAGCUUCAGGAGCUGCACCGAGCAGGAGGCGAUCUCAUGCACCGGGAUCAGCAGAGCCGCACCCUCCUGCACCAUGCAGUCAGCACUGGCAGCAAGGAGGUGGUCCGCUACCUGCUGGACCAUGCGCCCCAGGAGAUCCUUGAUGCGGUGGAGGAGAAUGGGGAGACCUGUCUACACCAGGCAGCAGCCCUGGGCCAGCGCACCAUCUGCCACUACAUCGUGGAAGCAGGGGCCUCCCUCAUGAAGACAGACCAGCAGGGUGACACCCCCCGGCAGCGGGCGGAGAAGGCUCAGGACACAGAGUUGGCAGCCUACCUGGAGAACCGGCAGCACUACCAGAUGAUCCAGCGAGAGGACCAGGAGACCGCUGUGUAGUGGGGAUGGCCCUUGGGCAGCCGGAGGGACGACUACAAGAUGAAUGCCCUCCUCGCCCACCUCACUGCCACAUUCCAGUCGGAUGGCCACGGGGGGACCCAUGUUCUGGGGAAGGAGCCCCGUGCUGCCCUGAGGAGCUACCCAGACCUAGAGCUGGAUACUGAGGAGCUGGACUCUCACCUGUCCCCCCAGGCCCCAGCCUGACCUGGAAACAGGCUGGGCUGGAUGGGCCUUUGGCCAGGCGUGGGGCUGGGCCACUUCAGGGCAGUCACCCCCAGUGCAGCCGAGGGAGGAGCAGGGUGGAGGCUAGGCCGUGUCCUGGAGGCCUUCAGGAAGAGGCCUCGACAGCCACCUGGCCUGGGUGGCGAGUCCCUCUCCUCCCCUUCCACCCUCCCCGAACCGCAGAGCCUGCUGCAUUCACCCGCCCGCCGCCCUGCUUGGCACCUACCCCGUGUCAUUUCCUCGAAGACUGUAUGGCCUGGGGGUGGGGGACGGGGCUCCCACGGUGACAUGUUUACAGCUGGGUGUGACUCAGUAAAGCGGAGUUGUUUUUUUCC